UCAUGCACAGUAAAGGGAAUCCUAACUUAGUCUGUUUUUUGCUGCUCUUUCUGCUUCGCAGGACCCACUAGCUGUGGCUCUCCCAUAGGAUCCUCAAAACUGGGAUAAUAAACUGCUGUCGACACAGGACUUGGACCUUAAAUAGAGUGCUGGUUGAAGUCUAAUGUUUCACUUGUCCUGCGUGUAACUCUCCUGAAGCAACCAAGGCACCUCCCGAUAAUAUAGCAGCAUGGCUAUCUCCUCACGCCUAGCACUAUGGGAACAGAAGAUCAAGGAAGAAGAUAAGGGACCAAAACCUUCUUCCCCUCCACCGCUCUUCUCUGUAAUUCCUGGUGGGUUCAUUAAACAGCUGGUUCGAGAAACAGAAAAAGAAGCAAAACAGAAAGAGAAGGAAUCAAAGGAGAAGCCGCCUGUGAAACCAGAUCCUCAGACAGAAGUAUUAAAGUCUCCUGGGAAACUAAGCGAUACACUUGUCCAACAGUUUGCGUUUAAAGAUGAAAAUAUCCUGGUCGUAGAAGAGGAAAUGUCAAAUAAAACAAAUGUUUUUAUGAAUGGAUUCAAUAGUGACAAACACCCAGGCAUAUUACCAGAAAGACCAAACAGAAAACAAUUGACCUUGAAGAUACCUAGGAAUCAUCCAAAAAGACAAAAACCUGAGCCUAGACCUAGUACAGAAACAGAGAAUAAAAUAAACAAAACGCAAGACACAUCAAGUUCUAAAUCUCCGGAUCCAGCAGAAGAAACUGGACAUUUGCAGGCUGCGGAAGAGACUAUUCCCAUGGAUAUUACAAAUACCAAUGCACUAGAGGGUAACGUAGAGGAUAAAGCAGAAGGUGCUAUGCUGGAAAAUACCAAUUUGGUAAAUGAAAAGAGUCAAGGGAGAGAAAAUGAACAGAAAGUCGAUCAAGAUAAUGAAACUGGGGUCCAAAUAAUAGAGACGAAGGAAAGUACAGAUACAGAAAAGGUAUCUGAAGAUGUGUGGUAUGAAACAGAACAAGUGUGGUAUGUUCAUAAAGAUGGCUUCACGCUGGCAACAGAACUAAAACCAGAUGUUGGAACUCCAGAGUUGGCCGAGGGCAGAGUGAGGAUUCGUAUCGAAGAUGAAAACAAGAUUCUAGAAGUUGAUGAGGAAAAUAUUCAUAGAACAAAUCCCUCAAAGUUUGAUUUUUCCGAAGACUUAACAACACUUGUCAGUCUGAACGAAUCCAGCAUCAUUAACACGCUACGUCAUCGCUACCAGUCUCAGCUUAUUCACACCAAUGCCGGACCACAUCUAGUAGUCUUGAAACCAGGAGUAUCUGUCUCGAAUUACUCUGCAAAGGUUUUCAAGGGAAAGAAGGACAGCAUGCCACCUCAUAUAUGUGCUGUUGCACAAAAGGCGUAUUGGAAUAUGCUCACACAGCGCCAGGACCAGACCAUUUUACCCCUGGGGAGAAGUAGUGCUGGCAAAUCAGCGUGCUGUCAGACUGCGCUAGAAUACCUUGCGGAAGCUGCUGGAAGUGUGGAGAACCUUGUCACAGUUGAGAAGAUUCAAGCAAUGUUUACAAUUCUAAAAUCCUUUGGCUGCAUAGCUACGAAUGAAUGCAGUAAUUCCAGUCGUUUCUCCAUGGUCAUGUCUCUGGAUUUCAAUGCUGCUGGCCGUAUUACCGCAGCACACUUACAGACCAUGCUUUUGGAAAGAAUUCGUGUAGCACAGCAACCAGAAGGAGAGGGAAAUUUCAAUGUGUUUGGUCAGUUGUUGACAGGAGCAGACAUAGAUCUCAGGUCGGAGCUGCACCUGCACCAGAUGGCAGAGAGCCACUCCUUUGGAAUAUCGCCAUAUGUGAAGCCUGAAGAGAAGCAGAAGGCAUCUGCAGCAUUUAUGCAACUCCAAUCUGCCAUGGAGGCUCUGGGAUUCACAGUCAAUGAGCAGAAGGCUAUUUGGCAUGUAUUAGCCGGCAUAUAUCACCUCGGAGCAGCAGGUGCAUGCAGAGUGGGUAGGAAGCAAUUUAUGGUAUUUGAUUGGGCAAAUAAUGCAGCUAACGUAUUGGGAUGUGAUUGCGAAGAACUCUCCACCGCUGUCUUCAAACACCACCUUAAGCAGAUCAUUGAGCAAGUGACAUCGGGAGCAAGAGGUGGGAACCAGGAAGAUGACACAAAGUCAGUGCAUAAAAUGACUGGCGUGGAAUGCGUAGAAGGGAUGGCAGCAGGUCUUUACGAAGAGUUGUUUGCAGCAAUCAUUUCCCUUAUCAACAGGUCCUUUUCAUCCAGUCUCUUGACGCUGGCUUCAAUUAUGGUGGUCGAUAUCCCUGGAUUUCAGAAUCCACGGCAUCAGAAGAAGGAGAGGGCAGCAAACUUUGAGGAACUCUGUCAUAAUUAUGUGCAUGAACGUCUGCAGGGUCUGUUUUACAAGAGGACUUUUGGUGCAACAAUGGAAAGGUUUAAUGAGGAAAACAUUGAGGUUCCGUUUGAUCUACCAGAUGAUUCCCCACUUACCACUACUGCAGUUAUUGAUCAGACAACAUUGCAGUUAAACAUACAAGCCAACAAUCAAAUGGAAGAGAAAAAAGGUCUCCUUUGGAUUCUCGAUGAAGAAGUACUCAUCCAACGUUCUACCGAUAAAACUAUUCUUGAUCGAUUGUGCUCGUACUUUGAAAUAAAAGGAGAUGAUAUGCAAAGUAAUGGACCCAUCCGUAAAUGUGAACAAGCUCUUCAGUUUGAGAUCCACCACCAGCUGGGUAAAGACCCAGUCCGAUACGAUGUUUCAAAUUGGAUCAACAAAGCUAAACUAAACCUAUCUGCUGAAAAUGCCAUUCAAGUUUUGCAUCAAUCACGAAUGGACUACAUAAAGGACUUGUUUUUACCUCGAGCAAAGUUUCCACUUAUUUGUCGUUCAUUGGCUGGCAUGGAGGGAAAAUCGCAGCAAGCCUUGCAGAGAAUUAGCUGCGUGAGAAAAACCUUUGCCAGCAGCUUUGCAGCUGUAAGAAGAAAAUCAGUGUGUGCCCAAAUCAAGCUUCAGGUGGACGCUUUGAUGAAUUUGCUAAAACGAUCCCAGACACAUUUUGUACACUGUAUGGUCCCAAGGCAGGUAAUAGAUGGCACAGAAUGCAAAAUUUCACCACCGUGCAGAGGAGCAGCAGGAGAUCCAAUUAAUGCGGCUAUUGAUGUCCCUACUGUACGAAUUCAACUUGCAGGAGCCCAGCUAUUAGAUGCUAUGCGUCUCUGCAGGAUAGGUUACUCUGACAGAAUGGGCCUUACAGAGUUUCGACUUCGCUUCCAAGUCUUGGCAUUACCAAAUAUGAAGAAAUAUAUUUCCACCUAUGAACCUGUGGAUGAGAGAAAGGCAUUGGAAGAACUGUUUCAGCUGCUUGACUUGGAAAAGAAGAGUAUUGUGAUGGGGUGCAGUCAGGUUUUCAUGAAGGCUGGUGUACUAUCCAGAUUAGAGAAACAGCGUGAGAAGAUGAUUUCCCAAAGUAUGAAUCUUUUUCAAGCAUCUUGUAGGGGUUUUCUUUGUCGGCAAAAGUUCAAGAAGUUAAAGAUUCAACUGAUUGCCUUGAAAUGUAUCCAGAAGAAUAUAAGGAAGUUUUACUGCAUCAGAGACUGGCUAUGGUGGCAAGUUAUGUGUUAUAUACGGCCAAGGUUAACUGUCAAUGUGGAUGAGGAGAAAUUCCGAGCAAAAGAGGAUGAAAUUAUUGCAUUAACAAUGAAGCUAAGAACAUCUGAGAAGUCAAGAAAUGAAUUGCGGGAGAAUGUUGAUCUCUUGGAAAGCAAAAUCACGGAUUUAACUACUGAAUUGUCUGAUGAACGUUUUAAAGGAGAAGUUGCAUGCCAAGUUCUAGAAGGAGAACGUGCAGAAAGGCUGAAGGCAUCGAGAGAAAUUAAAGAGAUGCAGGGAAAGUAUGAGCAAAUGCAGAAAAACCUGGAGACUAUUUCGAAGCAGCUAGAAGAAGCCCAACAACAAAUCCAGCUACGAGAAUUAAACACAGGCGGCUGCGGAGGAGCAGACGAAUGGCAGAUCCGUUUUGACUGUGCACAGACGGAAAUUGCAUUUUUGAGGAAAAGACUUACACAAUUUGAAGAAAGACUGGAAUCGGAGAAAACGUGCAGAAAAGAAUUAGAGCAAAAGAUCAGUGAUUUGCAAAGUGCGUAUGAAAAUGCUAGGCGGACAGCUCAACAAGCAACGAGAAAGUGCAAACACUUGACCUCUGACCUUGAGGAUACUCGAGUGCUAAUGGAAAAUCAGCAGAUCCGUAACCAUGAGCUGGAGAAAAGACAGAGGAAGUUUGAUAUGCAAUUAGCUCAAGCUAUUGGAGAAGCAGUUUUUGAGAAGAGUCUACGUGAGAAGGUGACACAAGAAAAUACAUCCUGCCGAUGGGAAGUUGGAAAACUACGACAAAAUUUACAGCAAAAAGAACAAGAAACAACCAAUUUAACUAAGCAGCUUGAGGUGCUAAGGAAGCAAGUACAAGAUCUCUGCUCUUCUGGAGGGGUGGGUAGUGAUUCUGUGGCCAGCCUGAAGAAGAAAGUGUGGGACCUAGAAUCCAGCAUUUCUGAACAGAACCAGAAGCUAGCUGAUCAGGAUAACUCCAUACAGCAUCUUGAACAGAUGCGCCUCCGAUUUGAAAUGGAAAUUGAACGAAUGAAGCAGAUGCAUCAGAAGGAACUUGAAGAUAAAGAAGAGGAAUUAGAGGAUAUCCGUCAGUCAUGCCAAAGACGUCUGCGCCAGUUUGAGAUGCAGUUGGAGCAAGAGUAUGAAGAAAAACAGAUGGUCCUGCACGAAAAACAAGAUUUGGAAGGACUUAUUGGAACCCUGUGUGAGCAGAUUGGACAUCGGGACUUUGAUAUUGAAAAAAGGCUCAGAAGAGAUCUGAAGAGGACACAUGCCUUGCUUGCUGACUUGCAGCUUCUUGUAGCAUCCAUGGGGGACUCAGCACCCCCUGUAGACCGUGGAGAUCUGGAGAGAGUUCAUCUUCAGCUGGAAGAGAGCGAGGCCAGGCUUGUCGAAGCCCAGAAGAAUCAUAAGUCUCUGCAUUUAGAACUGGAAAGUCUGCACAUGGAGCUUGACAAUGUAUCCCGAAAUAAAGCUAUGGCUGAUGAACAGUUGUUCCAACUCCAGCAUGAGAAAGCUGAUUUCCUAAAACGGAUCGAUGAGGAUCAAGAGGACCUAAAUGAGCUGAUGAAGAAGCACAAAGCUCUCAUUGCCCAGUCUGCCACUGAUAUCACCCAUAUUCGGGAAUUGCAGAAUACGUUAGAAGAAACCCAAAGAGAAAAACAGAUCCUUCAGGAGAAGCUGCAGGGAGCUCAAAGCAGAGUUGACUACCUGGAACAGUCUAUGGUGGAAAGAUCAAUUGUGAGUCGGCAAGAAUCAAUGAUUUGUGAUUUGGAAAACAAGAUGGAGUUUCAGAGAGCGCAGAUUAAAAGGUUUGAGAUGCUGAUAUUACGUUUGAGAGACAGCGUGAUUAAAAUGGGAGAAGAGUUGGAGAAUGCCGCAGAUUCCGAGGCUCGAGAGAAAGAGAAUGCCAAGUAUUAUCAAAUCCGUAUGGAAGAGAUGAAAGCUGAAAUGAAUGAGCUGCUGCAGAGAGAAAUGGAAGCAUGUCGCAGACGUGUAGAGUUGGAGACACAAGUAUAUGAAUUGACUGCUGUUAGGCAGACAUUGCAAGCUGAUCUAGAGACAUCCAUUCGGCGAAUUGCAGAUUUACAGGCAGCAUUAGAGGAGGUUAAUACCAGUGAUGACAGUGACACCGAAAGAGAUAACCAGUCAACCAUAGCUGGCUCUGUGUUAAGCUUGGAUAAGACAGAGAGUGUGCGAUCCUGGGUUGGUUCAUCUGCCAGCUGGGCAUCACCUACUGGGAGCACGGCGGAUGGGUGCUUGUCAAGGCAGUCGACAUCUGAUAAUAUCAGUGUUCAAAGUUCAAGGCUUAGGAACACAAAGGAUCAAGAUGUUAACCGAACCAAUACACCUAUAAGUGCUAAAGAAAAGAUUUAUGGAAAUAAUUUGGGUACUUCAGGAUAUGAGAACACAGAAAAACAACCUGAUGUAAAGCCUGGAAGCUUAACACCAACAUUUAGAAGAAAACAUACUCCUCCAGAAGAAGACGACAAAUUCUCUCGUUCUUCAUCUGCUCUCUCAGAGUUUCUAGAUGAGCUGAGAAAGAAAAGAGCCUCUGAAAAGGAUCAGGCAUCCCUGGUAUUAGAGGAUACAUCUUCACUCCCCAUUUACCGAACGACUGGUGCUUCUUCUCUUAGGCGCUGUGCUAGCCUAAAAGAUGAUGAUGAAGAAGACUUUUCUGUUGUACUUGGGAAACUGUCAGAUGACAGACCAUCUACAAGCCAAGGAUUAAUGCGAUCCUCAAGUUUAAGAUGUUUGCCAUCUGAAAAAAAUGAUCCUACGCUGUCACCUGCUGUUAAACGAAUGGCAAAGUAUGGAUCUUGUGAAUCUCUAAAUCAAAUUCAAAAUGUUGCAAGUACCUCUGUAUUAGGUGCAAAUUCUGAUCAUUCUGUAAGAUUAAAGCCUUGGAAAAGGUGUCUUGAAACACCACUAGAAGAAGCUGCAGAAAAUGAAUUAGGGAAACAAUCGCUUAUAUUCCAAAAUAAAAGUUUUACAAAUUUGGCUGACAAUAAUGGCAACUCAUCCAAUUGGAAAGUGCCUAGUCUGAGUUAUGAUAGGAAAUCGCCAGAUGACACAGAUGACAUCCUACCUGCACUUCGAAGGGCUCACUCAACUCAAAGUAUAACCAAAUAUUCCAAGGAAAGAAGAGAGGGACAGAGACCACUUAGUGUCCAUUUUGGAGAUCUACCAACAAGUGAGCCUAGCAUUUCAUCAGGUGGUUUAAAAAGUGCCUUAAAGAAAAGUGCAAGCUUUGGGGAAGAUUUAGGCAAUCUAUCUGAUUCAUCUUCAUCUUCUGGUUCUGUGAUUUCCUGCAAAAGUGCUGAUAGCAUCAAAAGUCGUCCUCGGGCUAAAAGGCUAGAAGGAGAAGGCUAUUCUGGAAAGCCUAUACUUUCAGAAACCUUACAGGAGAAUAAAAGGCCAGAAGCGGAGGGCAAAGAGGAUGAUGUAAAUAGCAUAAUGAUGAAAUAUCUUCGAAAAACUGAUGAAGAACAAGGCAUCCCAAAAUGAGAGACCUUAAACCAGAUUCACAAAGGGACAUGUGUCUGCUUGGAUCCUUCGGUCAAAGACCUGCACUGUAUCUAAACCCAGAGCACAAGAAUAAUCAGUGUCUGAAAGAGGAAUAUAUAGCUAGGAAAAGAAGACAUUGUACUGUCACUUUUUUUCUUUCCAAAAAAAAUAAAGCUUUCUCACCUUUA